CGGCCUUUUCCAUUUUUGCUUUUGUGGUGAAGGUGCAACACUUUUCGGUCGUCCCGAACCCGGGUUCAUCCGACACCCUCACCAAUUCAAAUCGAACUGAGCUCAACUUCAUCUGAUACACCAUGCCUCCUAAAUUCGACCCCACCGAGAUAAAAAUCGUGUACAUGAGAUGCACCGGUGGAGAGGUUGGUGCCACUUCCUCGCUGGCCCCCAAAAUCGGACCUUUGGGUCUUUCCCCUAAGAAGGUGGGUGAUGACAUCGCAAAGGCAACCGGUGACUGGAAGGGCCUGCGAAUCACUGUGAAACUGACCAUUCAGAACAGGCAAGCAGCGAUUGAGGUGGUGCCAUCAGCCUCCGCCCUCAUCAUCAAGGCGCUGAAGGAACCUCCCCGUGACAGGAAGAAGGUCAAGAACAUUAAGCACUCUGGAAGCGUUACUUUCGACGAGAUCGUUGGCGUUGCCCGUGUCAUGAGGCCAAGAUCUAUUGCCAGGGAACUUAGUGGUACCAUUAAAGAGAUUCUUGGCACAGCUCAGUCUGUGGGCUGCACCAUUGAUGGUCGCCCUCCCCAUGAUGUCAUUGAUGACAUCAACAGUGGCAAAGUUGAAUGCCCAACUGAGUAAAAAGAGGAUUGAAGACUAAAUAAAACCAUGAAAAUGACAA